CUUAUAUAUAAAAGAACAGAACUUUCAUAUUUUUUUUUUAAAAAAAAACAUGGUUGUUUCUAAUAAAGGGGUUCUUUUUAAGGCCAUCCCUACAGGACAUCCUGUAAUAGGAGAACAUUUUGAAGUGGUUGAUCGUACCAUAGACAUUGAAAAUUUUAAAUUAGGAGAGAACGAAUUACUAUUAAAAAAUGCGUAUAUUUCUCUAGAUCCUUAUAUACGUGAGCGUAUGAGAGAACCUCAUAUAGAAUCAUAUAUUCCUCCAUUUCAUGUUGGUAAAGUUAUGGUUGGUGAUGGAACUUCUGUCGUGAUUAAAUCAACGCAUCCCCAAUAUCAUGAAGGUGACAUUGUUGCGGGAUUUACUGGAUGGGAAGAAUACACGCAUAUCAAGGAAAAUGACGAAGAAAUGAAUGCUACUGGUCGCUUUUGCCUAAAUCAUGCGAAAGAUUCGAGCUUUCCUUUAACUCAUCAUUCUCAUCUUUUACGAAUACAUGGUUUAACAGCCUAUAGAGGGUUAAUUAAUUUUGGAAACCCGAAAAAAGGAGAAACAAUAUUUGUUUCUACUGCUGCGGGCGCUAUUGGCCAUCUUGUUGUGCAGAUAGCGAAAAUCAAAGGAUUAUAUGUUGUAGGAUCUGCUGGUAGUGAUGAAAAAGUUGAUUUUUUGUUAAACACAUUGAAGAUUGAUGCAGCAUUCAAUUAUAAAAAAGUUAACAUUGACAAGGCUUUAUCUAAGCAUUGUCCAGAUGGUAUCGAUAUUUAUUUUGAUAAUGUUGGGGGCGAAAUUCUUGAUAGAGUUUUAUUACAUUGUAACCGUUUUGCUCGUAUUGUAGUCUGCGGUAUGAUAUCACAAUAUAAUAUUAGAAAUCGAAAAGAAAAAUAUGGUAUAAAAAAUAUUGACCAAGUUUUUGCGAAAAGUAUAAAUAUUAUUGGAUAUCUCAUAUCGGAUUUUUGGACAAUUAAUAAUGAUACUUUUAGUAAAGAUAUGGAAGAAUGGUUAGAAAGUGGUAAAUUAAUUUAUAAAGAAGAUGUAACCAUUGGAAUUGAUAAUAUUCCUCAAGCAUUCUUAGAUAUGUAUGCUGGUAAAAAUUUGGGUAAAUCCGCAGUUAAAAUUUCUGAUUUGUAAAAAAAAAAUUACAUGAAUUUUCUUUUUAAAAUUUUUUA